AUGACGGACACCCGAAUGGCAACAGAGGAGAAGGAAGGAACCCUGCGAACGCAAGGGAAAUUUCCAACAAGACUGACGCCCGUGUCGUCGCGCCGCAGCGAGGCUGCAGUGAGUCUCCAUUCCACCCGAUCCUAUGUCGAUGGUCACAGCACAUAUGUAGCCGAGGCAGAUCAAGACGGCGGUGAGAAUGGUCCCCAAGCGGUGGAUGUCCAAGGUUCUGCCACAAAAGCAUCUGAAGUUGGGUGGGAUGGACCAGAUGACCCGAUGAACCCCAAGAAUAUGGGCACGGGCAAAAAAUGGCUGGUCGUGAUCACGCUUGCAUUUGGCUCCUUAUGUGUGACUUGCACAUCGUCACUAUACACUACCACAUACGCGAAGAUGGACGCGGAAUUUGGGAAUUCUCGCAUUGUCGCAACUCUCGGCCUUUCGCUUUUUGUUUUUGGCUUGGGCCUGUCUCCGAUGAUCCUUGGGCCGCUCUCCGAGUUCUAUGGCCGUCGACCUAUAUAUAUAGGGGGUUAUGCCUUCUUUACCAUUUGGCUGAUUCUUUGCUCCAGGGCUGAAAACAUUCAGACCAUGUUGAUAGCCCGUUUUCUGGGUGGCUUCUCUGGAAGCGCCUUUUUAUCUGUUGCAGGGGGGACCGUUGGCGACAUGUUCAAUCGCAACCAGCUUCAAGCGCCGAUGAUGGUGUAUACAGCGUCCCCCUUCAUCGGGCCAGGUGUCGGCCCAAUUAUUGGAGGCUUCAUCAACUAUAACACUUCCUGGCGAUGGUCGUAUUACGUCCUGCUGAUCUGGUCUGGGGUGAUGUUGGUGACCAUCAUUUUUUUCGUGCCCGAGACAUACAUGCCGGUGGUGCUGAGGACCAAAGCACGCAGGAAAAGGAAAGAGACCGGGGAUGAACGGUGGAAGGCACCGAUUGAGAUUAUGGAGAGAUCCAUUUUCUGGACAGUGGUAAGGUCGCUUUAUCGGCCUUUCAUGCUCUUGUUCAUGGAGCCCAUGUGCUUCAACCUGUGUUUGCUGACCUCCAUCCUGUUGGGGAUCUUAUAUCUUUUCUUCGGCGCCUUCAAUCUCGUGUUUUCCACGGUUUACGGGUUCAACUUGUGGCAGGUUGGCCUCUCAUUUGUUGGACUCACAAUCGGCAUGCUCCUCGCCAUCGCCAGCGACCCCAUCUGGCAUCACAACUACCUGCGCUUGCUCCGGAAUCGAGAGAAGGCGACGGGCGAGAGCAAAUCUGAGCCGGAGUACCGGCUUCCCCCUUCGAUCGUCGGUCCGUGGUUCUGUGUGGUUGGACUGUUUUGGUUCGCAUGGACAAUCUAUCCACAGAUCCACUGGAUCGUACCCAUCAUCGCCACGUCCUUUUUCGGGUUCGGCGUCAUUCUCACCUUUUCGGGAGUCUUCACAUUUCUCGUGGAGGCAUACCCCUUGUAUGCUGCAAGUGCCCUGUCAGCCAACUCUUUCGCACGCAGCUCCUUUGGCGGUGCAUUCCCCCUUUUCGGGCUCCAGAUGUACCAUGCACUCAAUUUUCACUGGGCGACGACCUUUUUGGCGUUCCUCACCCUGGCUCUGGCGCCUUUCCCCUAUAUCUUCUUUAUUUAUGGCAAAAGGCUUCGUCAAAAGAGCAGGUUUUCUCAACUUCCGGGAUAA